CCACCAGUGAGCAAACCUCCAUUAACUCCCUCAGAUCCAUACAGUCUGCUGCAUAUUAUACAGUAUAGUGCGCUUUGAAAUUCAACACAAGUAUGGGUGGAGAGAAGCUGGUGGCUUACAUGUUGGUCAGUGUGUUAGGUCUGGCACUAUUGAGGUCAGCGUUUGGUCAGCAUAUGCCAGAAGAACCGUGCUCGGUGCAGAUCCUCGUCCCUGGGCUCAAAGGUGAAGCAGGAGAGAAAGGAGAGAAAGGAGCACCUGGAAGGCCUGGGAGAGUCGGGCCAACUGGAGAGCAAGGUCCCCCUGGAGACAAAGGGCAAAAAGGCAGUCCAGGACGUUUUGGAAAGAUGGGUCCCUCUGGACUCAAAGGUUUAAAAGGUGAUAUGGGGGAUCCAGGACCCAAGGGCCCAAAUGGAGAGCCAGGCGUCCCCUGCGAGUGCGCACCCUUACGGAAAAUGAUUGGAGAAAUGGAUAUUCAAGUGGUGCAAUUAACCAAUGAGCUGAAGUUCAUUAAAAAUGCACUGCCCUCCCCCGCAGCUGUCGCCGGCAUCAAAGAGACAGACAGCAAGGUCUAUCUGCUCGUAAAGGAGGAGAAGCGCUACCGGGAAGCGGAGGUGUUUUGUCAGGGCCGAGGUGGACACCUGGCUAUGCCCAAAGACGCGGCGGCUAACAGAGCCAUCGCCGGCUACGUGACUGACGCGGGCCUCAGUCGCGUGUACAUCGGCAUUAAUGACCUGGAGCGAGAAGGCCACUUUGUUUAUGUGGAGCGCUCACCCAUGACCACUUUCAGCAGGUGGAGAGAAGGCGAGCCCAACAAUGCUUACGACGACGAGGACUGUGUGGAGAUGGUGUCUUCAGGGGAGUGGAUUGAUGUCGCUUGUCAACUCACCAUGUACUUCGUGUGUGAGUUUGACAAGGACACUGUUUGAGCUUCACUGCGCAUUUGUAAAGAGGGGAAAGUCAAGUGUUUAAAAUACUCCAGUGGCAAAUUUCAAUGAGAAAAGGCCACUUUUGUUAUAUCUGACAAAACAUUUUAAGCAUUUGCUAAAUGAUGUGUUUUGUGUCUAGCUCUUAAAACAACAAGUGUUAUUUUUAUACACUAUAUAUAUUGUGUUUUGCCAAAGUUUGGGUUCUGGAGAUGUGGAAUGUUCCUGGUGAGUCUCUAAUGCACACCAAGAAUAGAUUUAUUUGAUCCAAUAUACAGUUAGACACAAAUGUAUGUUCUAUAUUUCUAUGAUUGCUAAAUUUCUAUGAUCCCAAAACAGGCCCGUAGCCAGCCUGGUGAAAGAGAUGGUUCUUUUUUCACAAAAAGUGGGCCUUUUCGCAGUUAUUUGCCUCAUUUUCUAUUUAAGUAAGAGAUUUAAAUACUGUAUUUUAGUGAUAUUUUAAGCACUAUUUUUUUUGCUGAAUUAGCUUGUUGGAUGGUCAUCAUAAUCACCCUUUUUGGUGUACCAAAUAUUUCCUAAAGAUUUAGAAUAACAUUUUUAAAAUACAAAUUAAUUACAUCAUAUAUCAUUAGAAAAAAAAAGAAUAGGGAUCUGUUAAAGUUUUAAAUUAAAAACUGUAGCCGAUUGUCAUUUAUUAGGAAAAUAACAAACUGGCCAGCACGUUCAAUUUUCCUCAGUCAGAAUUUGUCCAUUUCAAUAAAAAAUAAUUCAAAGAUGUAGAAUAAACAUUACUUGUAAAAUGUUUUCUCUAUUUAAAAACAAUACAGUGGUGAAAGAAGACUUCUCUUACUCAGAUUGUGUGUUUUCUUGCACAGCUUGAUGUUGGACUCAUGAAAAAUAUUUGUUAGCAUUGACCAAAACUAAUUAGCUGAAGUCACACAGAAUCAACAGCCAACAGAGAAUUCUGCUCUGUCUUAAAGCCUUUUUUGAAGGGUUAUUUUCGCAAUUUAUAAUGGCAUAUCAGCCAAAAUAGAACAAAUGAGCCCAUUAUGAUAUAAAAUCUGGACCUUUGUCAGUGAGGGGUGGGUCUCCCCCCACCACCUGGCUACAAGCCUGAAAAAAUCGUCAUCAAAUUGUCAUCAUUAAAUCAACCUUUACAUGUUUCAAACCUUUAUGAGUU